GUAUCGGUAUAAUGCAAUCACGAAUGUGACAUAUCAUUUACUUACGCCAAAUAUAUAUCCCCGCACACCCUCAUUUUCUAUAGGUACAUAUGUAGGUCACGAAAUUCGGCUCGUGGCGUUUCUGGCGGACGCCUGCAUACCUACCUAGAUAAGACUUGUUAACGAAACCGAACCGACUUAAACGAAGCUGAACCUUCCAUCAUGGAUACAAAAAGGAAUGUGUGAAAUGGAAAUGGAACGGAAAACCCUCUUUCCUUCAAGAUGUCACACAACUUAUCCGGCUACACGAUGCUACCAACCCAAAACACCAUAGUAGAAAGAGCUCUACCCGAAGCCGACGGGCCUGGAGACAACUCGGAGAAUGCAGAACAACAACAACAACCCCGCGAUGCCCACCACCACCACCAUCACUAUCACCAUCUCCUCAACAAGAAACCCCCCUCCCUAUCCCGCGCCUCCUACCCCGGCGCCCUCCUCUUCAACACAUCCGCCUUCCUCCUCCCCGCCCUCUACAGCACCCUCUCCAAGCUCUGGGUCGCCGCCAUCGACCCCUCCCUGGUCGUCACCACCGACAGCUACACGUACAUCAGCACCUUCGCCGAGGUGCUGAACGAGGGGCUCCCGCGCGCCGCCUGGCUCGUCAUCGGCGACGCGUCCUCGCGGCCCCUCGCCGAGCGCCUGCGGCUCGCGCACACGCUCAUCCUGUGCCAGGCCCUCCUGGGCCUCGCCAUGAGCGUCGUCUUCGCCGGCGCCGCGGAGCGGUUCGCCGACAGCUUUGUCCCCGCCGAGGUCCGCGCCGCGAGCCUGACGUACGUGCGUCUGAGCGCGUUCGCGGCGCUCAGCUCGGCGGUCGAGACGGCGGUCGCGCUCGCGACGCGCGCCCUCGACCGCCCGGAUGUGCCGCUCGUCGUCAGCUCCGUCAAGUUCGGGGCCAACAUUGUCCUGGAUCUGCUGCUGAUAUCGAAGUUCCACGUGGGCGCGUUCGCGCCGACGGUCAAUGCGCAGGCGGCCGUGCAGCUGGCUUGUAACCUGGUUGCUGCGUUUGCCGGGCUGGCGUACUUUCUGUGGAGGGUGAGCUUUCGGGCGCUGCGGGAACAGCGGCAAAGUCUGCCGGCGGUUGGCGAUGGCGAAGACACCUCCGCAAGCACGGCCCCGAGCCUCCAAGCCCUCCGCACCCUCGCGCGACCGGGCUCUCUGACCUUCCUCGAGUCGCUCGUGCGCAACGCGCUGUACCUCUGGCUCGUCACCACCAUCGUGUCGCUGGGCUCGACGUACGCGACCGCGUGGGGCAUCUUCAACACGAUCCGCUGGGGCUUGGUCAUGGUGCCGGUGCAGGCGCUCGAGGCGACGGCGCUGGCUUUUGUCGGACAUCGGUGGGGGGAGUGGUUGGCGGCGGCGGCGGGGGAUGCGCCAGGACAACACCAACAAGAGGAACACUCAGCCACAGAAACAGACCGACAAGAACAAGGAGAACAGCAACAACAGCCGCGCCCCGGCCCCACAGACCUCCGAACUAUCACCCACAUCGUCACGCCCGCGCUCUACUCCCUCGCCCUCGCCCUCGCCCUCGAAGUCCCCCUCUGCAUCUUCCUCUCCUACUUCGGCGCCUACCCCUUCGCCCUGUACCUGUCCUCCUCGCCCCCCGUCGCAGCCAUCACCGCGCACAUGUGGCGCACGAUCGACUGGUGCUACGUCUUCUACGCGGCGUCGACCCAGCUGGCGACGAUUCUCUUGGCGACGCGGCCGAGGUGGUACCUGGCGCAGAGUCUCGUGAGCAAUCUGCUGUGGGUGCUGCCGUGGGCGGUGGUGUGCCAGGCUGUGCGGCUGGAUGUGGAGGAUGCGUGGAUGUAUCAUGGACUGGUGUUUGGAGGGAGCUUGGUGUUUAGUUUUGUGGAUGUGGUGGUUGUGGAUGCGGGGUGGGUGUGGUGGCUGUGGAAGGGGAGGAUGAAAGUUUGACAUGUGCGUGCUUGGUGUUCUGAUUUUGGUGUUUUUAUUCGACUACAACAUAAUAUAUAGAUACCUACCUAACCAGGUAGGUGGGUAAGU